AUGCAGGCUGCAAUAGCAUAUCUGAGACAGCAAAAGGGUCCCGGAGAGGACCACAUCAUCGUGACCGAACAUCAUACCACAAGAAUCUUCCAACAGCUCAGCACUCUCGAAAUUACUGAGGAAGACCACGAUGAUACCACUUCCACAUCUAUAUCGAAGUUGCUGGGACUUACCGACAAUAAUCCAUUUCAAGAUCUCGAGAAACCACUUACCAUCCCUCGUAAAGUCCAGGAAUUCUGCAAUCACAUUCAAGACAAUCAUAAACGAGGAUUGAAGGACUUCUCGACGGACAAAUUUAUGACAGAACCUAUUGAAAACCCGUUCCCAUCCUAUCUCCGACCCAAGGAGUAUAUGCUUACUGCGAAGGCUAUCAAGCGAACGCAUGAUUGCUCGGCAGGGAAGAAAGUGAUUCCCUCGGGCUAUACCCAACUGGGUGGGAAAGGAAAGUUCAGUACUUUAGAUCAAGUGGAUGAUGAGAUUGAAGAGGAGAGGAAGGUGGACGAAGAUGAAGCUUUGAAUUUGAAAUUUUCUCUCUCUCAUAAGCAGGAACGAGACCUACGAGCAUUGCUCCGAGAUCGCACCAACAAGAUCACUCCUCUCAUGAAUCACUGGAAAGAAAGUAUCAAAGAUCAUCCCCUCUUACGAGAAUGGCAAGAAGCAGCAGAAGAAUUACAAGAUUUGGUGCAAGUAGUCCCUGAACCGAUGUUUCCCCUCUCAAGCUAUCAGAUGUACAACGAUGUACCGGCUAGACCUGCACGAGGUGGUAACAUGACAGUCUGGGAGGAUGGUCAAGAUGAGCUAAGGGGUGUGUCGGGAUGGGCAGACGAUGAUAUUGGAUAUGAGGCUUACAGUGUGGAAAAUCUCGAAGAGUUCAAUGGGGAUAUACAGCCAACAACGAUACAAAAGAAUGCACAGCCUCUGUCAUCAGGCAACACCAAUGGAGAAGACUAUGAAGAUGAUACGCCACAUUGGCCUAGAUAUCAGUAUCAAUCUGAGGCAGACUCGCCAAGAGAUGACAUCUUGAUGAUGGAAGCAUCAACGUAUGCUCCUCACAACGAGUUAGAACAUUUUGAUGUGGAAGAUUCUCGUCAUGCAUUCGGACCAACGCCCAUCUCGUCGCCUACCAGCGGCCACAUUCAAGCUUCUUGGUCACCCCAUCAUAAUGAUGCCUACGUGAAUCAUGACCUGUUGGACGAUCCGACUCCAAUCCAGGAAGAUCGACCACAGUGGAACGAAUCUACCGAGACUAUCUUCAAGGAGUGGCUCGAUCCUGCGACUUUCCAAACACCUUCACCGAGCUUACAGGUGCAAAUGAAAAAUGCAAAUAAGGCAUAUCAACCCAUGAGUCACGCCCACAGUCAAAAUAUCGCGCAGAACCAGUGGGAUGGAGAGAUGAGCAAGCCACGACAGCCUGCAAGGGGUCGCGCUGCCACAAUGACGGUAGAAUUCUCCGGCUCGGUCGGCAGUUUUUCCAAUGACCACUAUCCAGCCCCUGAACACUUCACUCAGAUUGAGGUUGAUGGAGUAGAAGGUAUGUUGGCAAAUAGGGGUGACUGGGAUGCAGCACCUAAGGUCAGGAUGGUCUAUAACGACUACCAAUACGAUACUCCUUUCUGGGAGACCUCAUCAGAUGCACCCCGCACCAUUGUUCCUGGACUCAUCAAUCCUUCUCAGCCUAUCGUUGGAUUAAACACAUCUUUCGAGGAUGAAGGGCAUCCCGCUUCGCCUAUCAGACCGUCCAGACCUCGAUGGGCGACUCGACCACCGUCUCGAGUAAAUGAUCACCCUGUAGCCCAUGGAACAGAAUCGUCGCAGCCUUUCACGAGCGCCAGGACUCCCGAUCAGUCUUCUCAACUCGCUCCAGCCCCGGUCAUCUCGCACAAACAAUCCAUUCCAUCUUCGACCUCAGGGGACCAACAGCGAUCAACAAAAAAGACGACCGCAACUAAUCACCCGUCUCUCAAAGACAUCGUACUAGCUCAUAAAACAACGCGCGAAAAUACAGACAAAAAGGGCAAGAAGAAGGCUUCAACAAGUGGUUCAUCCAAGACACCUGCUGCCCCGAAUAUGUUCUCGCUCGAUGGGUAUCUCGCUCUUCACCAGCGCAACGAUCUCAUCAGCAAGUCCGAGAAGAAUCACCAUGAGAGCAAGUACGAUGAGGUUGACAAACGACUUGAGGAGGAAGAAAAGACACAAUGGAUGUCUGAUCCGUGCAUCAACAACCCCAGAUGGUAUAAUAACGCUACAGAACAUCCAAUCGUUUCACCUCAAGAAGGCACGUUUCCAAUCCUGGUGGCAAUGACAAUCUUCCAGAAUCUCUCCUUGUUUCGAGCACUUCGAUCCGCAGGGUUUUUACUGCUUGAGAGGGAAAAUAAGAUGCACUCUGUCGACAUAGUUCUCUCAUCUACCACCGCUGUACUCUUCCAAGAUCUAGCUAAAUUGUCAUGUGGCUACGAACAAUUACUCAAAGAUGUAAAAGAUUCAUGUACGAAGUUCAAGAAGGUCAUAGUGAUCUUUGAGACGAUCUCUUUCGCUAAGUCGGAAAAGGACCCAGAAUUCAAGAAAAAAAUCAAUCCGCUCACAACAGAUGCUCCACAGGGGCUUGCUACUUUCAGAAGACUCCUUCCCGUCGCUUUGAAGAGUGUCAGGGAGACCAUAGGAAAUGUAGAGAUGGUUUUCGCAUAUGAUGGAGCGAGUCAAGUGGCGAAGAACUUGAUGUGGCUGAUGGAUGAGGAAGGGAAGAAAGCUUUGAAGAAGGAUAAGAAAGGAUAUCAGGAUGUUUAUGGCGAUAGAAAAUGGUUGGAAGAUGAGCCGGAUGAACGAGAGCUAGAACUGCUCAUGACUCAUUUCGGACUGAAUAUCUUCUGUGCAUGGUAUGCUACCAGUCGAUAUGGUACGGCUCAACGUGUGAUUACGGGGAUGGACGAUGUAGAAAGAAAGAAGGCUUUCGAGCAUGUAUUUGGGGAGACUGCUGUAGAACGAUUCAAUGAGGAUAUUGCGAAGAAAGGUAUGGUAUUCCGAAGUGGCAAAUAA